CCGCUAAAUUUCAGCCAAAACUUUACGUCGAUCUAAGUUUCAGUCAAAACGGUACAUAAAGUUGAAUGUCCUUAUGCUCGUUGUUGUGUCUGAUUUUUUCAGAGGCUUCUCUCUUUUCCCACUAGUUCGAUUCGUGAAACUCAGCUGGAUUGUUGUGUCUCUAAUAUAGGCCGCCUGCAAAUGUGAAAAGACAAGAGGACAGCGAUUUUCUGCUGUACAAAGUUCAGCUUGUCGAGUAUGGAUCCGCACAAUAUGGUUCACCGAGACGAGUCACCGACACGCUAACGCUGCGUGUGGAUGUGGGAAUGCCAAGGCUCUUUAGAAUUAUGGAACUACCUUGUGUGAAGGUUCUACUUGUACGUAUAAAGUACUAGAUCGUGUCAGCACCAUGGCAAACACCCAAGAAAUGGCACGACUCAGUUUGAAAUCUGUUUCAACAUUCAGAAACCUCUGUACAUUAGAAUCACUACUACACCCAUGUGCAAAGUCACUACAUUUUACAUUCAAUCAUCUCUGAAACGUGCUUCCUCUAAUACAGAGUCGAAUGUCGGAACUUAUGGAAGAAAAGUCUUGUCAGCCUGCAGAAUCGAUCUAAAUCAGUGCGUGGUAUGUUUCUGGGUGAAAUAACUCGAUUUCGUUGGGUCAAAUCUCUCUUAUAUAAAUGCAGCUCUACAGCUACUCGCUUAAGAGAGAAUGUUGACUGGCAAAGACAACUACUAUUUCCUCUCUAGUACGACCUCGGUUAAUGUACUGUAGUGCAUUUUGUCUCAUCUUCAUAGAUUAUCCCGGUUGCUAGUCCAAACGAAGCUGCGUGGAGGUGAAGGCGGAGCAGUUGUCUGUAG